UGCUCACGUUCUUCUAUAUGUCUUGGAUCGAUUCGACUUUAACCUGCCGCGUCGAGAAGGAAUGUAUUUCAUGUGGCAUAUCGCCCUCCCUAAUCAAUCGAUUCGUGGUUGACACUCAUAUUCCUCGGUUCCACCUCUCAAUUCCGUCGACGUUGUCUUGUUGCUUGCUCAAGCAAAUGAACUCUGAGUCAGCGCUUGCGUCGUUGCUGCUUCGAUUUUCAGCGAGCGAGGGGUCAGCCUCGCUGGUAACAGCAAACGAGUCCUUCGCGUUGCUUCUCUCCCGUCCAUCAUCUACCUCCCCAUCACUCGAAGUGCAGACAAAGCCGAUCAGACUCGACAACUUCCGAUAAUGGCUUCUCCCGUCUGCCUGAACUGCGCUGCGGAAGGACUCAUGUGCAUUGCCAGAACGCCAGACUGUUGGCAGUGCAUGGCGCGCGAAAGGCAGGUAAGUGAAGUUGCCUGAUUGCCAUUCCUCUCCUCUGUUCCUCAUCGAUCUGGCAAGGCUAUGCUCCCCAGGUUGGCAACCAGAACCAGUCAAUCGAGCACGGCUGUCCGAGAAGUGGUAGUGAUCUGCUGCUGAUUGCCUCCAGUGUAUGUGGUCUCAGCCGGCACCACAUCAACAACAAAAUACUGCGCCGAUCAGCGUGUCACCGUCUGCAGCACAGCGAUCACAACGAAUUACUGCAACGAUUAGCAUGCCAGUGCCCCUGGCACCACGACAACAACAGGAUACCGCGCCAUUUAGCGCGCCGCCGUCCCAGGCACCUUCACAACAAGAAAAUGAUGCACCGAACAGCGUGCCAUCGUCCCCGUUCAUACCCUACGUACCAGAAGCUUUCGGCGGCCCACUCCAUCCCCUGCCGACACCAGGUCCAAUUGCGACUUGGUAUGAUGCUCCAAUACCUGAAGCUCCGUUUCCAGCCCCAGCCUCUUCUCCAGGACAAGCUCCGGGACCAUGGGACUUGGUGGCCAACUCCAGAACCCACGAGCUUCUUGGGCGGAACGAGAGCCAAGCCAGAGUGCUUCUCUCCUGGCUUCUGGAUAUGGCCAAGCAGCCAGGCCCGCCCUUUACAUUCGUCCAGCUUCUUGAGCGUACGAGAGACCGGUGCAUCCAGAAUCGAGACGAGUACUAUGACAUCUUCGUGAGAAUGCUCUACCGGAACAGCCUGCCAAAUAAUCGAAGGUUCUCGUCCGAGGCCUCGCUUUUCGACUUGUUGCCAAUGUAUGUCCGGAGAUCAAGCCACUUGUGUGUUGCGAGCUCGCUGACAUGAUCUCUAGAUAUUUGAAGGGCAAUCUCAAACGCGAAGUGUUCGACGAGAUGGUGGAGCUGUUCGAGGAUUUUCUGAGAAAUCAGCAGCAUCUGGACAGGAAUGGGGAAGAGUGAAGAGAGUGGGAAGGGUGAAGCUUGACAGAACCGGUGGAGACAAAUAUCGUCGACGAGGCUAUCGACCAUGCUCAGUGCAUCGCGGAGGAUUGCAUGCCACGAGGCAUAAAUACGAUGAAGGAAGUGGGAUUGCCGAAGGGCUGAAGUUGCCAUAGCCAAGGCGUCCUGAAUCGUGCAGCGAUAUACAUACCGCUUCCAGCCGGACCCGCUCCUCUGCAUCUCCAGCCUUGUGGCCUGAAUCUUGGGUAUCGCGACAACACACUUCACAUCUUGGACGAGUGUCUAGCUCUUACUGCAGCUGCCUCGGCUGGCUGGUGCCGUCUCCCCUGCAUCUAAUGCCUCGUUGAGGCUUUCUUUUCCAUCUAGAGCCGCAAUAGAACCUCACGCUGCGGAUCACUUCGCGAUUCCGUGCACCGCUCUGUCCGCCUCGGAACGCGACGUCUGUCACAACCAGUCGA